AGGAAUAUGAGCACGAUAAAGACCAAGUGCUUCAUAUUCCUGGCUGUCCUGAGUCUCACCUGGACUCUGUCAGAAGGAGGUGCUGUGGUGAGCUGUGUCUUAAAUGAGAGCUGCAUUUUACCAUGUGAGAUCCAGGCUGGCUCAGAUCCUCUCAUCCACUGGAUUCAUGUGUCAACCAGGGAAACUUUUGUCCAUUCCUUCUACAACAAUCAAACCCAGUUGAAACACCAGUUCCAUUGGUUCAGAGGCAGAACGUCUCUGUUCACAGAUCAGAUCCCCAGAAGAAACGCCUCCCUGCUGCUCACAGCGGUGAAGAUUCAAGAUGAAGGACGAUACAUGUGCCGCACCAGUACCUCUGAAGGCAACAAAAAAGCAUUUGUUGACCUAAAAAUAGAAGCUCCAGUUUCUGACAUCAGGAUCCAUCAGGAUGGAAACAGGAUCACCUGCAGCUCAGAGGGGAUCUACCCUCAACCUGAACUCACCUGGUCCACUGAGCCUCCAUCCAACACGGCUCUGCAGAACAGAACCACAGUCCAUCAGACUGAGGAGAAGCUUUACAACAUCACCAGCUGUCUGAUGGACCAUGACCCUAACUUGACCUACUACUGCACUGUCAAAACUCAGACGAACCAAAAGACAGGUUUGGUUAAACCUGAAAUGUCAAAUAAUGUUCAGAAGUUCUUUAGAAAGGGGAUUGGGUUUCCACUUGCAGCAGUAAUCCUGGUGGUUGUGACAAUCGCUAUAAUUUUAACGAUAAAAGGCUGCACAGCAAACAACACAGAGACACCAAACAAUCCUGAAAAUCAUGAGAACUCAGUGAAAACUGUGGACUGCCUGGAUGAAUUAGACUCUGCUGUUAUUGAAGAAAUUAAUCAAGAUACUGUGAACUCCACUGCUGGUCUUUUAGCCGCUGGUCUCUCCUAAAGUCCUACAAACCAGACAAAGUUUCCACGACCACAACAACAAUGUCCUCAAGGCAGUUACUAUCUUAAGGUUUUAAGAUGUUAAAAUACUUUCCAUUAAAUUGAUAAUAAUUAUAUUGAAAUAUCCUAAAAGAUAUAGAACAUUUACACAUCAGUUGUAAUGAAUUUUGAAAGUGUCAUAGUAGCAGAAAUGACUGUACACACGUAUUUUUCAGAGUUUUUUUUUUAUUUUAAGGAAAUAAAAUGAACAGACUGG